AUGGCACGCGGUCCGUCAGUGAAGAGGCGGAGAUUGAGCCCUCCUGCUGAAAAAGGCAAAAAUGCCUCUCGCAGUAAAGCCGAUCAGUACGAAAAGGACGAGGAAUGGGACGUUGAGCAGGAUUACGAACGCCGGCCACGAAAAACGAGCAAAAAAGACGGCGAGCGCACUCGAUUGCCCAUCAAGACAUCCGAGGGCUUUGUUCAGACCCAUGAUGAUCCUGAAGAACCGACAGAAACAAUAGAUGAGAGCGACAGCUUUCUAGGGACCGACGAUGAGGAUAUGGAGGACGAAUCUGCCGACCAAUCCGAGGAAAUCGAAGAGAAAAAGCCCAAAAUUCCCAUCAAGGUGCAGGUCAUGCAGGCUAAGGAGGAUCUGGCCAAGAUGGCAUCAUUGAUCAAUGAGGAUCCCGAAGAACACAUCGCCUUAUUCAAGACCAUGGCUGAGAUGGUCAACAACCCAGAAUCGCCUGUCACCGUAAAAAAGCUAGCACUCGCGACGCAGGCUGCAGUUUACAAAGAUGUGAUCCCUGGAUAUCGCAUUCGCCCACUUACCGAAGAGGAUAAAACUGCGAAGGUUUCCAAAGAUGUGCGCAAACUUCGCGAUUUCGAACAGGGCCUUGUGGCAGGAUACAAACACUACGUCCAAAAACUAGGUACGCUGGCCAAGCCUGGCCGUGGUCAGCUGUCCGAGAAGGAUGCCAGCCUUAAGACCGUUGCUAUCAACUGUGCUUGCACCAUGAUCAUGGCUGUGCCUCAUUUCAAUUACCGUGCGGAAUUGUUGAAGAUCAUUGUCAAUCGCCUAGCGCGACGCAAUGUGGACCCUGACAUGGCAAAGUGUCGUGAAACAGUCGAAGAUGUCUUUGCAAAGGAUAUCGAUGGAAUUGUUUCUCUUGAGACUGUCCGCUUACUGGCUAAGAUGAUGAAGGCUCGGGAGUUCCGUAUUCAUGAAAGUGUAUUGGACACAUUCCUUCACCUACGUUUACUGGGCGAAUUCACAUUCAAGGCCUCGGCACAGCGUAUCGAUCGCGAGGGAGAGGAUCAACCCAUUCGUCGUAAGAAGCAAAAGGAAAAGCGCGAAUUCCGUACCAAGCGUGAGCGUAAAGUGCACAAGGAGCGAAAGGUGGUUGAGAAAGAUAUGAAACAAGCAGAUGCUCUCGUGUCGCAUGAGGAGCGUGAUAAAAAUCAAGCUGAGACUUUGAAGCUUGUGUUCGGUCUUUACUUCCGCAUCUUGAAGCAACGCAUUCCCCAUCUCAUGGGUCCCGUUCUUGAAGGUCUGGCCAAGUACGCCCGCCUCAUUAAUCAAGAUUUCUUUGGUGAUCUGUUGGAGGCCAUGAAGGAUCUGAUUGGUCAUGCUGAGCGCGAAGAGUUGAAGCAGGAAAAUGGAGAAGGAGAAGAGGAGGAUGAAUCAGAAGAAGACACACCCGACACACCCACUCGUGAUGCUCGGCGCGAGGCUCUCUUGUGCAUUGUCACUGCUUUUGCCCUACUAGAUGGACAGGACACCAGCAAAGCAGCGACAACUCUUCACUUGGACCUGAACUUCUUCAUUAAGCAUCUUUACAGAACCCUGUACGGCUUAUCUAUCAACCCUGAUGUUGAAUUCAACCCCAACACCUCGUUGCGUCUUCCCGACCCAAAUGCCCCGGAGGAGUCCACCAGAAUUCGAAACAAGAACAAAGUCAACUUCCAAACACCAAUGGUAUUGCUUCUUCGUUGUCUCCAAUCGACUCUCCUCUCGCGUGCGCAUGGCACACCGCCACCUAUUAGACUUGCCAGUUUCGCCAAGCGCAUUAUGACUUCCUCACUCCAACUUCCCGAGAAGUCCGCCCUUGCAUCACUUUCGUUGAUGACACAAAUGUCUAGACACCACGGACGGCGUAUCUCUCCACUGUGGCAUUCAGACGAGCGAAAGGGUGAUGGUGUUUUCAACGCAUACGCAACUGAUGUUGAGGGUACAAAUGUGUUUGCUGGAUCCAUCUGGGAAGGCGAGCUGUUGCGUCAACAUUACUGUCCACAAGUUCGUGACGCGGCCGUGGAUAUUGAGAAGAUGAUGCUUUCCGGCAAAUAG